CGAAAAGGAGAAAUGGACCUUUUUAUUUUGAGGUGGGGUUUUUUUUUGUGAGAAGGCUUGUUUGAACAGUACUUUGGUGAGUGAAUAUCUGUACAGGAAGUCGAGCGAAAAGGAGAAAUGGACAUUUUUAGUUUAAGAAUUUUUUUCUGUGAAAAGUUUUGUCUGAACAGUACUUCGGUGAGUGGUUAUCUAAUGUGGUGAAACUGGGGAUGAUCAAUCCAGAUGUGUUCAUGCUGUGUAACCUGACUUCAUUUCUCUACCCGAUUGGUCUGGGAAGUAGGCAAGUAACACUUCACUGCUAACAAAAAAGAACCAUGUUAAGAAAAGCAGGCAGUUUGUACUUGACAUAUAUUGCAGCUGUGAAUAUUGUCACAAAUAUAAAGUAAUCAAAACACGUUUACAGUCUGAGGUAACCACACCAGUGUUUUUCAAAUGUCUACAAAUGAGAUCUGUGGUAAUGGUCUAAGGUUUAUUUUGUUAUUUAUUAUUUUAAACUAACUUGCAUAUUAUUUUUUAAGAGAAGUGUUUGAAUCUUUGAAAAUUUAGCGUGUAAGUGACUGGAUUAAAAAUUAAACAAUACCUAUGCUUUGCACAAUCAGGUGACAACACAUUGUGUGCUCACAUAAAACAGAAAGUGUUUGCCAAUAUUGCAGCCCCUCCUAUAAAAUGUUCCUCUAACUGGCUGCCUUAGCCUUGUGCUGUCACCUUAUGAUUUCUGCAUUUUGCUUUCGACAGCUCGCUCCAUCAGUUUCAGUUGCAGAAGGUAGUUACGCUUCCAGAGGCUUCCAGAGUUUCCAAAUUUAUUUGUAUGGGCUCAGAGAAUAUAUGACACACUUUUUUAUUUUUCAUGGGAAUGUCACAAUGGACUGGAUAAUUACUACCACAGUAUUCUUGUCAGUGUUAGAAGCUGCACUUUGUUUUAAUAUUGACCCAGUGGCCUGGAAGUUCCUGAGAAAUGAAGCAGCAGGUUUUGGAUACCAGGUGGUGCAGAGACAGACAGACUUGCUCGUCAGUGCUCCUCUUGCACAGUAUCUACCAGGAACAAGGGGGGAAAUAUAUAAGUGCUCCACCGAGUCCUGCGGUAAACUACCAGUUACAUUGCCAGCUUUUGCAUUCAACAUAUCGCUUGGUUUGACAAUGACAAGUGAUCCCGCCACACAAAACACUAUGGUAUGUGGUCCAACCCUCCCAAAGGACUGCAAAAGUAUCACCAUGUACAACGGUUUAUGCAGGCAGAUAAACCGUUUUGAUAAUCUUGGAGCCUAUGUGCCUUCUUCUCCUGAAGAGUGUCGAACCCAAGCAGACAUUGCAUUUCUGUUGGAUGGCUCAGGCAGCAUAGGUGGUGAUGAUUUUAAAAUAAUGAAGACAUUUGUGAAAAACCUGAUCGCCUCAUUCCAGGGAAAAGAUACAAAGUUUGCCAUUGCCCAGUUCUCUUCAACUGUUCGAUUCAAGAUCCAUAAUUACUUUAGUACAUUUGAUGCUAAAAGUUGGGAAGCUCAAAUUGAUGGAAUAAGACAGUUAACUGGAGGGACAUACACAGCUGAUGCCAUCAAACGUGUUGUCAAUGAAAUUUUCUCAGUAAAUGGAGGUUCCAGGUCAAAUGUGAAGAAAGUUCUGAUAGUCAUUACAGAUGGAGAAUCUAAUGACCCACAGGAAUUGCCAAAUGCAGCAGCUUUAGCUGAAAAAAAAAACAUAGUUCGAUUUGCCAUUGGGGUUGGGCGUGCAUUUGCCAAAUACAAUGCAAUAAGGGAACUGGAAACCAUUGCAACUUCUCCCCCAGCAAACUAUGUGUUUAAAGUGGACAACUUUAACGCACUUGAAAUAAUAAGGCAGAAUUUGCAGGACAAAAUCUUCUCCAUCGAAGGAUCUCAAACAAGUGGAGAGUCACUGAAAAUGGAAAUGUCUCAAGGGGGAUUCAGUGCAGCUUAUGUGCCUGGGGGAUUUCUGAUGGGUAUUGUUGGUGCCAACGAAUGGAAGGGAGGCUACCAACAAUACACAAGCGCAGGCACGAUAGUCAGCACCUUUGCACCAGAGUAUAUGGAGACUGACAGUUAUCUGGGUUACUCCAUGGCUGUUGCUAAAACGGUGUACGGUGAAUUGACAAUUGUUGGUGCUCCGAGAUAUAAACACAGAGGACUUGUGAUGACAACUUACAGAAACAACUUUCAACAACAGAUUGAUCCCUUUCCAUGGCAGUUUCAGAUUGGUGAAUAUUUUGGGGCUGAGGUUUGUGCGAUGGACGUGGAUCCUAAGCCCUACACAGACCUAAUCCUCAUAUCUGCCCCCAUGUACAUCGACACUGAUAGAGAGGGAAGAGUUUAUGUUUGCAGCUUAAUUGAUUUGAGUGUCGAUUGUCACUUAGAUUCUCCAUCAGUACUGAGAGGGGAUGCAUUUUCAAAAGGACGGUUUGGGUCUUCUCUUGCUGUGCUGCCUGAUCUUAACAACGAUGGUCUCAGUGAUUUGGCCGUUGGAGCACCUUUGGAGAAUGACGGUCAGGGCAGCAUCUAUAUAUUCCACGGCGAAGGAGGAAGAACAAUCAGUUCUGCUUACUCACAGAGAAUUACUGGCUCGGAAGUCCGGCAAGGACUGAAGUUCUUCGGCAUAUCAAUCAGUCAGUCAUCAUUUGACCUUAGUGGGGAUAAUCUGCACGACUUAGCGGUGGGUUCAAAGGGAGCAGUUGUUUUACUCAGAUCAAAGCCUAUAGUAAUGGUAGAAGCUGCGGUGUCAUUCAGUGUAAACCCAAUCCCCACUCAAAACUCAGACUGUUCAAAACCACUAGAGAACAUAGCUCGUAUCUGCUUCACCAUGAGCAGACACUCUCCAGUAAACACAGCUCAAGCAAGGAUUAAUUACACUCUAACGCUUGAUGUCACCCGCAAGGUCCCAAACAACCGAGCUUACAUCAAUGAGAAAACACGAGAGCAGACUAGAUCCAUUCUUCUUGACUUAAACCAGGAACAGUGCAACGAGGUGAACUUCGCCAUUCAGGCUUGUCCAGACGAUGCUCUCAAUGCACUUAACAAUGAGCUCAGAUUCACCUUUGACGGUGUAUCCUCUGCUGAUACUCUCAGCCCAAGUCUUGCCCAACAGGCUCAGACAACAACCUUUUAUCCUUUAGGGUUCGAGAUUAACUGCGGCACUGACAACAACUGUGUAGAUAACCUGAAAGUGGAUUUCAACUUUACUGAUUCCUCAGAGGUUAAAGUGGGCAUUGAUGACCUGCUUAAUGUCACCGUCUCAGUGGGGAACAUGGAGGAAAACUCCUACAACAGCCGGGUUGUUCUCACAUACCCAGUCGGACUCUCCUUUAGGAAGUUUACAAGCCUGCAGGGAAGAAUUGAGUGCAACUCCUUCGACAGUGAAGAUGGAUUAUCCAGAGGAAGGACAGACUGCACUGUUGACAAGCCUAUUUUCAAGAGCAAAACUAAGGCUUUAUUCAUCGUCCACUAUGGGAUACAAACCACUAGCCAACUUGGCAGUAGGAUUUUUGUCACUGCAAAUGCUUCCAGUGGAAAUCAGGAGCACUCCAGCUCAAGCGAACUCUUCAAAAUGAAAGAGAUUAAUGUGAAAUACGGCAUUUUUGCGACCUUUCAAAGUUCCCUCAGCUACACCAAUUUCUCUUACGGAAAGAACAAUUUGCAGAAACCAGUCCAACAAACAAUUGUGGUUACAAAUGAAUUCAGACCACUCAAUUUAACUGUGGUGAUCAGGGUGCCAGUAAAGCUCGGUGAUAAAGAUAUCUGGGUGGAUUCGAGCAGUUUGCAGAUUCCAGACUGCCAAAAAGUCAAAGAUGAAGAAACUACAGUGAGAGAAUUUGCUGCUCAGAUACAGAAAAAUAACUUGGUGGACUGCUCUGUAGCCAGUUGCAGAGUGUUCAUGUGCAGUAGAUUCAUGGGAAGAAAGGAGAGUAAAAACUACAAAAUCUCUGCCAACCUUAGUUCUGGAUGGAUAGAGCAGAUUGGACUUAAAUCUGCCAAAUUCCUCUUGACCAGCACAGCCAGUCUGGACUACGACAGAAACCAGUACAUCUUCUUUUCAACAGGGUCUAAUAACAACCCUCCUGUUCGCAAGAUUGAGGCAGAGGUAGAAGUCUAUCCUGAACCAGAUUUCACCAAAGAGAUUGUCGGAGGAUCCCUGGGAGGGUUGGCCCUAUUAGCUCUACUCAGCGCUGGCCUGUAUAAGGCUGGAUUUUUCAAGAGUAAAUACAAGGAGAGGAUUGAAGCAGAAGAAGCAGAAGAUGCAGGAGUAGUUGGUGGAGAAUAACAAACCUAAAAUCAGUUGACGUCCCACAAAGACCAGCUUUUCUCAGAUCUAAUACAUUCAUAGGAAUAGCCUUCUGAUUUCUGUUGACCACAAAACAAAACAACUGUCCUAACAUCUACAGUGUGUGCAUUGUUAUCUUUGAUUAGCUUUACAAGCUCAUAGUAAACAUAAAUAGAACCUUUUUUGAAUUACGAUGUAGUAAAAUGUAUUUUUAUAUGCAAAUUUUUUCUCAUUAAAUAUGCACUGAUAUCUCACAUAUCAAACAAAUCCAUUUUCUUGCACAUUUAAAAGACUUGACAUGAAUUGUUUUGGGUUUUAUUGUGAUAAUAUACCUAAUGGCCAGACAUUUACAGAACUCUUUGUCAAAAGACUGUUUUUACAGGGAUUUAUUGAAAAUAUACUAGUCAUAUGUGUGACGGACCCUUUUUUUCCACGAUUUUUGAAAACCUCUGUAAAUGUCUUGCUAUAAGAUCUAAGAAACAGUGUGUAAAAUUAUGAUCAUCUAACGGCCUUGAAGGGGGAGGAAAAGGACUUGGCGUACAGGAAACCUAGAUAGAAACCUACUUAGCAUAGAUGUUUGUCACAUGAACACAUUUCUUAUAUGAUAUAAGCGCCAACAUUGUGCGAACUCGUAAAUUAUGAUUUUGUACAUUUUAUGAAAGUAUGCUAAUAAUAUUUGCAAAAUAAUCUGGAAAAUGACAGACUGAAGCAAAAGCAUCUACAUUUUGGACUGUGGUGUCUUGCCUUAAUCUGAAAUGUAAAAUCUUGCCAUCUUUAGGAAUGUACAUAAUUUGUAUGGAAGAAAUAUCCAAACCACCACUUUGAAUUCAUUCAGUUUAAAACCUUGUCUGUGUCUGGAACACACUCAGUCAACAGAGGCUUCCAACCUGGGGCUCAGGCCCCCAAAAUCAGUCACAAAAUGAAGUGAAGGGGUCAUAAGUGGAUUUCCUGGUUAAAAAGUGAAUACUCUAGUUGUACCUCUUCAGGUCAGGCCCUUAAAAAUAAUUCAGUAAUUCCCAUUGUAUCAAAACACAGAAAAUAAAACCCUAAGCUUUGUAUUGCGGAUACUUUAAGUUGUCAUCAAUAACCUGAAUCAACCUGAAUGUGAUCCUGACCCACUGUGCACCAGACUAGCAAUGUGUAAGCUCAGGCUUUCAUUUUCUGUGGCCCACUAUACUGUAGAUAAAUGAUAUGUGUACACAUCAUGAAAAACAAAACCAUUCAAAGUUUACAAACAUUGUAAACAUUGGUUCUAUAGAGCAUCAAUUUUACUUAAAAUUUAGACUCUCAAAUGAAAUGGUGGAGGGUAAAUGUAGUGCACUCUAGAGUAGACCUGCAUAGAGUGAUUCCAAACAGCCCAAGUGAUCCAGACAUGUAAGUGGCAGUUUUCAAGAGGCUAAUGAUUGUAUUUUUCAAAUCUAACUUUUUUUCUAAAGAGCUCAUUGUUGGUUUACAAUGAAACAUUUCAUUUAUAUUUCUGCCAACUUUGUGUGUUUAUUUGUAGAAUUUCUUGUAUGGUGAAAGAAAUGAAUUCACUGUGAUCAGUUGGAUUCUGAUUUUCUCAUCACAUAUUUUACUGUAAAACUGCUGAAAUACAAUGUGGUAUGGUUAAGAGUUGCUCACUUGCUAAAAAUAACUUUUAAUAUAACUCUUAAUGACUGAAUUGCUUUGCUUGGGAAUAAAUUUUAAAAUGUGUAAUAUUGAUGCAAGUACAUAUGUAAAAACAUUCCACUAUGAUGAAAUACAGAAUAAAUAACACAAAUGUU